GCAAAUGCUAGUUAUUGUAUUUUUAACUGUCGAAUGUGUGAUACGUUUUGAUAUACCAAUUAAUAACCAUAAUGAGAGCAUACUGUGCGAUAAUCAUCGUCUCAUUGACGCUCACUAUUGGGGAAUUUGCGAGUCAAAUUCCAAAAAAACUGCCUGCGAAGAUGCCCGAGUGUCCGUUGUUAGGCACUAUCAGGAUGCCUCAUCCAAAGGACUGUACUUUAUAUUACAUUUGCCGAAACGGCAAUCGUGAACUUCACUCAUGUCCCGAUGGUCUGCACUUUAAUAACGUUAUUCAACAGUGUGACUGGCCGUCCGCGGGAUGCCGUCCCGAAUUAAACCGACCGGAGACUCUACCCCGUGAAAUCGAGAGUGAGGAAAUUAUUAACGGCUGCAUCGAUCCAUGUCCGAUUUCGGAUCCUACAGAUAAAACAAUACAUCUCCCUUAUAAUGGCGACUGUACCAAAUUUUGCACAUGCAGCAACGGCAUCCCGAUUCCUCAGAACUGCUCGGCCGGAUUGCAUUUCGACAAAACGGUGUCCGUCUGCAACUGGCCGUGGCAAGCCAAAUGCAAAUACUAGACAAGCAACGAAUAUAGCGCAAAAAACUUUGCGGACGAGAACUAGAAGUAGAAAUACAAUAAAAAUUCAGUUUUAUCAAUUCUCGGAUUCUCCAUACUUUUAUCAAUUAGUCGAGCUAAGGAGAGGCAAGAGGUGAUCAAAAUCGACGAUUUGUAUGCAAGCACUCUCUCGUAGAUUUUUAUUAAGGACAUAAAUGUAGAAAUGUGUAAAUGUGUAUUAUAUAAAUAAAAGAUUCUAAUAAAAUAAAGUAAUAGUCUAAA